UCUCGUUCAUAACCGAUAGGCCCUAACCUGGUUCAAAUCCUGACUUUUAGGGUAGGUCGAGGAUGAGUUAGAAAAAACACCGAUUUCUUGCUAUUCAUGGUAUCUUCUUUUAGUGAAUCUUCCAAUUUGCCCGUUUCUUUCGCCGGUGAUUUAACUAAAACCGUCAUGCAUGAUACGGAUGUACCUCUGAUGAAGCUUGGACGCUUCGGCCGGUGGCAGAUCAUCGUCUACAAUUUAUGGGCUAUAAGCAGUAUGGUAAUGUUUGCCUUCCAAUACAUGGCAAUAGUCUUUCAUGGUGGUGUUCCGGAGCAUCGAUGCCGCAUCCCAGAAAAUGUCACGGCUACGAGGGUGGGCCAUUGUCAGCUCUACUUCAAUGUCACAAAUGAGACCACAUCGUGUACAUAUGGCUGGGAAUACCCGGAUAAAGAAUUCGGCAAUACUAUAGUCAGUGAGUGGGAUCUGGUGUGUGAAAGAAACUUCUAUGCAGAGCUGACACAGACCCUGUUCGUCGUCGGAACGAUGGUGGGGAGUGGUCUCAUUUCGCCAUUAUCGGACAAAUUUGGAAGGAAACCAGUUCACCUCAUCUCGCACUUCUUCCUGGCCGUGAUAUCAUCUUCAACCGCAGCGGUUACCAGCUACCCAGCGUUCAUCGCCAUGAGAACAUUGUGUGGAGUUUUAAUACCAGGAAUCGGCCUGACAGGAAUUAUAGCAUCAUGUGAAGUCUUCCCCGCCGGACAACGCACCUUUGCCGGUCAGUUCAUUUACUUCUGGUGGGUGGUGGCGCUCAUGAUCCUGGGAGGGCUUGCCUAUGCCAUUCGUGAGUGGCGUCACCUACAGUUGACUGUGUCAUUGCUGCCGCUGGUAGCAUUGUCUGGAUACUGGUUAUGUCCAGAAUCCAUCCCGUGGUUAGUUGCCAACAACAAGAUAAGGAAAGCCGAGAAGAUAAUCCACAAGGCUGCAAAAAUAAAUAAAGUCAGCCUCCCUGAACACCCGUUUGAAAUCACUGAUGACGAUCUACUGAAAGCAGAUGCAAACGGAGCUGACGCCUCAACACGUGACACACCGCGUGGUAUACUUGACAUUGACGACGACCUUGGGAUGCAGCCACUACCGUCUGCCGCGCUUGAUUUCGACAAGGACGAUAUUGGGAAAUCGAAGCAAAAUGGUAAAGCGAAAAUACAAAAGACAAUCGGAGGGAAACACAACAAAAAAGUGGAGGACAAGCAAGAGUUUAAGGGCGAUAACAUUAUCAUUGCUCUCAAACAUAAGGUAGUUCUGAAGAAUCUGAUGGUACUACUGGCCCUUUGGUUUGUCAAUAGUCUUGUUUACGGUGGCCUUGCCCUCUCAUCAGCCUCGCUAGCUGGGGAAAGGUUCCUCAAUUUCUUCCUGCAGUCGUUGGUGGAGCUUCCUGCAGUAUUCUUAUGUAUCUACGUACUCAAGAGACAUGGUAGACGUUUACCAAUCUGCAUCUUUCACAUAAUUACCGGCAUUUCUCUUGGAGUCAUAGUAUUUGUUCCAGAGAAAACAGAACUUUGGCCAGUGGUGAUGGUGUUGAGUUUAAUUGGACGCUUUGCGAGUACAUUCACCUUCAAUUCACUUAUAAUGUAUACACUUGAGCUGUUCCCUACAAAUGCACGAAAUUCAGCGCUCGGAAUUACGUCGUUUGCUGCUCGUGUGUCAGGAGCUCUCGCACCGUUUUCAACACUUCUGAUGCGGACAAUAUCGUGGCUCCCAGGACUGCUCUUUGGCAUCCUGAGCAUCGUCGUGGGAAUCCUGACGCUCCUCCUCCCCGAGUCGGUCAAUAGGCCAUUGCCAGAAACAGCGGGAGAGAUCGAAGUCUGGCAAAAAGAACAGCGAUUCUGUCCGUGUAUGAAGCCGAAGGCUGCUGCUCUUGAGAAAAGCGAGGAGAGUUCUGAUGAAGAGACUGUUCAUUUUUCUGUUUAAUGCUCAAGC